AUGAUUCUGGACUGCAAGGACAAGAAAAUUCUGAACAUUUUUGUCGGGCUAGUAGCAGAGCUCAACAUGUGGUCACGUGUCUGUGACCUUCUCGUUGCCAAGCCUGACCUGAACCACCUCGACAUGGAUGGCCUGUCAGUUUUGCACAGACUCGUGAUGUGUCCUGACAGCAGGUUUGACUCCCUUCUUCUCCUGUUACUUGAAAAUAAAGCAAACAUCAAUAACAAAACUUCGAAAGGAGACUCAGUACUGCAUCUUGCAGCAAAACAUCAAAAGGUUUUAACAAUGGAUCAGCCAUCACCCCCAACAGACAGGGAUGUGUACCGUAGGUUAAAGUUUAUUGCGAAAUAUGUCAAUAAACGAGCUGAAUCCAAACGCCAGUUGUUAAGAAGAUUAAUUAAGUCUUGUGAUAGCUUUGACGAUUGUGAUGACCAAGGGACCACGGCGGUGAUGCUGGCUGCAAAAAACAUUAACUGGGAAUUCCUGAAACUGUUGCUGGCAAAUGGCGCGAGGGCGAGUCACGUUGACCAGCAUCAGAGAUCGCUGCUGCAUGUUCGCGCACUGUAUGGAUUUUACAUGGAUCCUUUCACAUGUCAAGAUCUGGAUCUUGUCACACUGUGUGUCAACAGAGGAGCUGAGGUGAACUGCGUGGACUGCGACGGAAAUUCAGCUCUACACCUUGCCGUGCAGUCCAAAAACUGGAUUUUAUGUAAGUCGUUGAUAGAACACGGGGCGGACACAAGACUAAUGGACUGUAUGGGACUCAAUGUUUUGCACAGACUGGCUUUGACUGAAAUACAAUACACACAGGAUGUCUGUAUGUUAUUUCCACUUAUCUGCAGUCGAGAUACCGACCUGAACACUCCGAGUCGAACAGGUAACACUGUCUUGAACAUAGCUGCCACUAAACAGAACUGGUCCUUGGUCAAAUGUUUAUUGCAUCUUGGGGUUAACAUCAAUCUUUGUAAUAUAGAAGGGUUUACUAUUUUACAUAUUGCUGCCAUGACCACGCCUACCUCUCAACAUGGUGAGCAGGCGUCACCCAAUGAUCAGUCAGACCUGUUAGAUGUUUUUGAUUUUGUCGUUAACAAAACUGUUGACCUCGAGUUGCCCUGUUCAACAGGUGACACGGCGCUCAAUCUGGCGGCAAAACACGAAAACUGGAUUAUGGCCAGAUACUUGAUUGAAAGAGAAGCAAACACAAACACGUUAGACAGCGAGGGUGUUCAUUUAAUUCAAAGGUUAAUCAAAGGAAGAACUGAGAACAGCGAAAUUCUUCUAGUUUUUAAUCUUUGUUAUCAUGUAACCAGUGCUCAAUCCUCGGAUUCAGUUCUGCAGCUUGCUGCCCAAGAAGAGAAUUGGAUGCUUGUUGACCAUGUACUGAAGAGCCUUGGAGGGAAUGUAGACAAGAUUGACAGCCAAGGACAAACCGUCUUACAGAGAAUGGCAACAAGCAGAAGCAAGACUUUCAAGGAAGGGGCGAGCUGUCCUUACGUCAAAACUAUUUUGGGAAAAUCCGAACAUCUGGACAACCAUCAAGUCGACCUACUCAUCCAUCUGGCGGCUUCAGCUGGGAAUAUCCACGUCUUGCAUGAAUUGCUGGACAGGUUUGAUGAGGUCAACAGGACAGAUGGUCAGGGCUUCACAGUCCUGCACAAAGUGGCCCAGUGCUGCUCGUCAAGCUCAGUGAACAUUAUCAAACGAUCAGUCGCAGUUGAACAAAAUGUUGGAGAAUUUCUCUGA